AUGGGCACCUUGACUCUCCCGCCCGGCUUCCGUUUCCACCCCACCGACGAGGAGCUGGUGGGAUAUUACCUGAAGAAGAAAGUGGAAGGAGAGAAGAUCGAGCUCGAAGUGAUUCCAGUGGUGGACCUCUACAAGUUCGAUCCAUGGCAGCUGCCAGGUAUCUCCUUCCGUUUUAUCUUUCGCUUAGAUAUAAUCCUCAUUCCCUCACAGAAUUAUAUACCCCAGAAGAUGAACUUAUUCUCCUCGCUGACGCAGAAAGAUCUUUCCUUCCCGGGAGAGACAUGCGGUGGUUCUUCUUCUGCCCGCGAGACAAAAAGUACCCUAACGGAUCCCGCACUAACAGAGCCACCGGAUCCGGCUACUGGAAGGCCACCGGCAAGGACCGGAGGAUCGUUUGCCCGCCGGUGACGGCGCUCAAGAAGACCCUUGUUUUUUAUCGUGGAAGGGCCCCCGCCGGCGACCGCACGGAGUGGGUGAUGCAUGAGUACCGCCUCUGUGAAGAGCUCCCACAGGGAUUUACUAAUUUUGUGGUAAAUGUUCUCCGUUUCCCUUAGAGUCCUAAAUUCCUACAUAAACUAAAUAGUGCAAUCAAAGUAUAGAUUUUAAUUGGAUAACUGAUGAAUUUCUCAUUAAGCAGGAUGAAAAAAUCUCGAAUGUGGUAUCGAUUGCUUAUCGUUCGUACAAUCCGUGUUCUGAAGAGAGUUUAAAAAACUAGCCAGUUAGAAAGAAUAGAUUGUCAAAUAACAAAGCAUCAAAAGAUGUAGAUUAAACUAUAUGAUCAACAAUACGAAUUUACCCUACUAAUCGUCAAUUGUAACAUUGAGUAAAUACUUUCUUCAGGGAGCUUUUGCUUUGUGUCAUAUCAUGAAGAAGAACGAACACAGACAAAAAACUACUGAUAGUACCCUAGCAGACUCCAAAGACAAGAGUAACUUCUGUUCUGAGAUGGAAGACUCCAUCCCCGCAAGCUGCAUCGGCGAGAGCCCAAGCGUCUACCAAUGGAGUCCGACAACUUACGGGCACGGAAGUGAAACCCAUCUGCAGGCUCUUGGGCUCGGGUGUGGUGUUGGAUCUGCACCAACGGUGGAGGAUUCGCCCCAGAUCUCAUCGGGACUUCCACUUCACAACUCCUGGGAGCCCUCACUCGGGGCUCCGCCGGUGAGCUAUAGCGGAGGAUCAGGAGACCUGCCGAUGACUUGCCCUAGUCCACUGGGCAAUGCCAUGGAAUUCUGUCGAGUUGAGGAGAGUGAUGAGCUUCAAAGCUUCCAGUGGGAAGACCAGGGAACCUCAUGUCAGCCAAUGAACGGUAAGGAGUAA